AUGGCCACGCCUGGCAGCAACCGCUAUGCGAUGUUCGCUAGCGCAGACAGCAGCGAAACUCCCGUCCGCAGUCCCGCUAUUGACCGUUCCCAAAACCCAUUCCUCAACCAGAUUGCCGAUGACUCGAUACCAUGGCAAGAGGUCAAGAAGCGCGGCGCUCCUGCAGUGCAGCCGGCACCACCGGUUCGACGCUCUCCACAGGUGCUGAAUGACCGCACCAAGGCUAUCCUCAACCGCCGGCGCGCCCAGCAAGGACAAGAGCGCAUCGUCUCAGGCUCGCCGGACAACACGCCCGAGAAAGCAUACGAUCCACACGAGAACUGGUGUGGCGUCUGCUCGUACAAGUUCGCCAACAAGGCUGCACUGCUCAGUCACAUCAAGCAGAGCGUCGGACACGAAAACUAUUGCAACCUUUGCAAGCGCGUCUUCUUGGACCGCAAUGGUCUCAAGAACCACGUCGACAAUGCAGCGAAUCAUGAAGUUCAUUGCAAUCUCUGUCUCUCCGCUUUCAAGGACGACUGGGCUCUCAAGAACCACCUCGAGAAUAACUAUAGUGUCGGCCAUGAGUGGGUGUGUCUCACCUGUCUGCUCGGCUUCAAGACUCGCGCUGAGUUGGAGCGACAUCUUCAGACCGCUGCGAAGCAUACGUGGUGCGGAACAUGCCAGCGCCGCUUCCCCAAUCAGGAUAUGCGCGACGCGCAUUGGGAACAGACGAACAGGCACAAGCAUUGCUUACAACCAGGUUGCGAUUUCGAUGGACCGGACCAGUCAACGCUUGCACGACAUCUCAAGAGUGAUCACUUCCAGUGCGAAGGCUGCAAGCGCAUACUACCGAGCUUUACCAAGCUCACGCAGCACUACGAGAGCUGUGCAUUCGCACUUGCCUGCCCCCAAUGCGGCGAGCACUGUGCUGGAAAGACCCAACUGGGUAUUCACCUCGAGAACUGUUUCCUUUGCGAGGAAUGUGGCUUCCACACUCACCACGAGGGCAACUACCACAUUCACAUGACUAAGCACAGUCUCAUCAAUCACUUGGAGUCAGGCAAAUGCCCCCACUUCAACGACCCGGCGCUUCUCACGCGCUGUCUCGGAAAGUGGUGGUACUCCGCGCUUUACAUGGAUCUCGAUAUGCAUGCAUCCAUUCGCAUAGGCCGCGUCGAUAUCCGCGAGGUACAGCGUUGGUCGGCUUCCGGAGACCUACACCCUUUCGUGUGUCGCGAUGAAGGAUGUGGAAAGGUCUUCGGUCAUCUGAGUUCACUGGUAUUGCACUGUGAGAGCCAGGCUUGCGGUUGGGGUGUCGAUCGCUUGAACAUGCCCGGGCUAGAGAAGGAGUUCAAGCAGAUGUGUAUUCGGAGGGAUAGUGCUAGUGCCUAG